AUAGAAUACAUCUGCAAAUCUUCCACUCGAUUCCUCGUCUCGGCCGCCGCCGCGCUCUCGGCUGCAAAUCUUCCCGUCGAUUCGUCGUUUUCUCCAACACCCUGACGUCGCCACCUCUCCUGCCCCAAUGCACCGCCUCUCCUCUCUCUCGCGACCUCUCCUCUUCCUCUCUUUCAUGGCCCCUGCUCCGCCUCCACCAGCGCUCGCAAGACGAGUUUUCCCACUCCUUGCGGCUCCCAGUCCACCCGUCCAUCGUGUUUCCCGAUUUCCUCAUGCAUCUCGGAACAUGGCCAGCGUCGGUGAAGCAAAAGGCUAUGAGUAUGAGUCUGGUAAGCAAGACAUGCGAUUGCUCACCUCUUCUAGCAAUAACCGCCCUGUCAUCACUGAAGGCAUGAACGAUAUAGAGACGAUUGGCAUACCUAAGGCUCUCGUUGCUCACUGUGGUAAGACAACCUUGGAGGUUAGAGAUAUUAUAGAUGGCAAACAUUAUGUAGGGGAGAAAAAUGGCGCCUUUUGUGAGGAAGACGGCAGGAUCACAACCAAUGAUCACAAGGGAGUAAUCAUGGUCAGUGAUGAUGAAGAUAUGCCUUCGUACCCUAUCGAGGAUGUAUUCCCUUUGCAUUUUGUUCCAAAUAGCCGUCACCGUACUGGUUCUAUAUACAAGAGCAAAAAUAUUUGGACGGAAAAGUACCGUAUCAUGGACCAUAAUGAGACUUGGUUGGAGGCAAGAGAUUGCUGUAUCCGCGAUGGAACUUGCAUCAAGCAUGUACCAACGUGCAUGCUGCAAAUUUGCUCAUUAAAGUUGGCUAAAAGUCCGGUGGAUUGUGGAUCAAUACAACUGUAUGGAUACAUAGCAGUACGGGAUGAUUUGAAUCCAUUGCGAAAUUAUGUGGUCAACAUUAGCAGGGAUGAUCCCAUCGUCAUUGAAAAGGGCUCUCUCAUCAACAUGAGUGGCCCUAAGCGAGGAAUAGGUUUAUGUGCCUAUACUCUAAUCGAAUAUGACAUGAAGAUCAAGACAGGCGAACGAGAAAGAGAUGAUCCACAGUUGAUUGAUGGUCUAUCAGCCAUAGAAUUCAUGGAAAUGUGGAAAUGUCGUACACUGACAGAACGCAUCCAUGGGGAUUGUGGUGCUGUUGACAUAACUCUAUUAUUCCUUGAGAAUGCCGUUGAGGCAACUGUAGAAGUUCUCAUAUCAGAAGUGCAAAGCAGUUUCAAUUUGCGUCUCGGUUGUUUUAUAAGCAAAUUCAAUGAAGAAAUCCAGCUAUUUGAUGGCGCCAUUGAUGGGUCACCUGUCUUGAAGAGGUCUGUGGUUGCUGCCGUCAUGCAUUCUUGGAUGCAUUUGAAGCUCAAGGCUGGCACAGAGUCCUCCAGUUCUGCUGAACAUUGUUGUUCCUUCAAGGUGAACAACCAUGGGCUAGCUACUCAUGAGAUAAAGUCUGAUUUUGCGUUGAUCUUAGUGAAGGUCACUUGGUCGACUUUGCCUUGGGGCCGCUAGGCUUAUUCUGGUUCAUCUCAAUGUGAUAUAAGCUUUGUGAAAUAAUUGAGUUUGUGGUGAGUGGGCCGAGAUAUGAAGUUAGGCAGUCUAGAGUCUGCAUUUGUGGAACAAUUAAGCAAGCAAACACUGUACGAAUAAAAUCAUUUCUGCCUAAGUUUUAGUGUUGCAAACUUGUGUUGUAAUCAAACUGUUGCGAGAAGCAAGUCUUUGUACUUUUUGUUU